CCUCAUUAAGGAGGCUACUCCCUUCGCUUCCCUAAAUACAGACAGAGUGUAAAGUAGGCAACCGAACACCAACCAGUCGAACAAUUCGAGUCGUAAAAUUGCCAAAGCGUCGUGAAAAUGUUUCGAAUCGCCCGUGUUAUUUUGUUGGCACUGCUGUUGGAUCUCGAAUUUUCCAAUGCCGAGCCGCACAACAAACAACUGACUGUAUUCGUGGAAGCUGGCCGUCAGGAGUGCUUUUAUCAGCCGAUUGCCACCACCGAGAACAUCAACAUAGACUAUCAGGUGAUACACGGAGGUCUCGGCGAAACCCACGUCAACUUUAAUCUUAUGGAUCCGAUUCGUCGGCUUCUGAUAAAUGAAAUCAAAAGGGAAAAGGGCAAACACAGCAUGAAGGCCAACGAAACGGGCUCUUAUAAGUUUUGCUUCGAUAAUACCAUCAGCACUUUUAACCAAAAGAUCGUUUCCUUCGCCCUGGAAGUAGCUCCGGCCGACCGAGAGGAGCGGGAAUUGCGUGAUCUUCGCCAGGAAAUGUUGACCGACUACCAAUUUGACGUGGCCUAUGCUGGUAUCGAUAGCUACAUGGGAAAGAUCCAUGUCAACCUCAUGAGAUCCCGUCAAACUCAGGACUUCAUUCGAGCGAUCGAGGCCAGGGAUCGCAAUGUGGCCGAGUCCACCUACUCCAUGGUCAACAACUGGUCGUGGGCCCAAUUUUUGUCCAUGAUAUUUGUUGGCUUCCUGCAGGUCUUGAUGGUCCGGAGUAUUUUUCAUACGACGGGAACGUUUUACAAGUUCUGGAAAAGCUUUUAAGCUUUAGCUGUGGGGAAGAAUGUAAGAUUGAAAUAAUGAUUGGGUGUAUUCAAAAACAUUUACCAGGGCAUGCAAACUUAAAAAUAAAUAAAUAAUCUUAUAAAUGCUAAGCUUAUUAAAUACUUAAAAACAUUUCACGAAAAUCGUGUCAAAAGUA